AUGAAGUUUCUAGCUGUCACCUUCAUGGCUGCUCUGGCCGCGGCUUCGCCUGCCAACAUCGUCACCGCCCGCAACGAGCUUGCUCUCCGCCAGGCCGCCGAGGCUUGCAACAUCGGCUACUGCACCCAAGGCGGAGGUACCACCGGUGGUGCCGGCGGCUCCAGUGUUACCGUCAAGACUGUCGAUGAGCUCGUUGCUGCCGCUAAGAAGGAGGGUCCCCUUACCAUAGUCAUCUCCGGUGCCAUCUCUGGCAGCGCCAAGGUCCGCGUUUCUUCUGACAAGACCAUCAUCGGAGAGAAGGGCAGCUCCCUCAACAACGUUGGUCUGUACGUCCGCCAGGUCAAGAACGUCAUUAUCCGCAACCUGAAGAUCGGCGGUGUCAAGGCUAGCAAUGGUGAUGCCAUUGGUAUCGAUGAGUCCACCAACGUCUGGGUUGACCACUGCGACCUUUCUGGUGACUUGAGCGGAGGCAAGGAUGACCUCGAUGGUCUCCUCGACAUCUCCCACGGUGCUGACUGGAUCACGGUCUCCAACGUCUACUUCCACGACCACUGGAAGGGAUCCCUGGUCGGUCACUCUGACAGCAACGGCAGCGAGGACAAGGGCAAGCUUCACGUCACCUAUGCCAACAACCACUGGACCAACAUCAACUCCCGUACUCCUCUCGUCCGCUUCGGUACCGUCCACGUCGUCAACUCAUACUACGACAAGCUCCUGCUCACCGGUAUCAACUCCCGCAUGGGCGCCCAGGUCCUUGUCCAGAGCACGGCCUUUAACAGCUGCCCCGCCGAAGCCAUCUUCUUCGCUGACUCCAAGGAGACCGGAUACGCCGUCGCUGAGGACGUCGACCUCGGUGGCUCCAAGAACUCCGUUCCCAAGGGAACCCUCACCUCUGCCUCGUUGCCUUACAAGAUUGCCGCCCUCGGCUCCGGCAAGGUUGCUGGUUCCGUCCCCGGCGCUGCUGGCCAAAAGUUGUAA